AUGCGCCAAUUUAACAUCUUUUUAUACAUCUUUUUUCUUUCAUGUUUUUCUUAUGUUAAUGCAUUUUAUAAUGUAACUGACGAUAUUAUAUUUGACCUGAGGUGGUCUGGUAGUCCCAUUAAAUCUCGAGAGGAAAAUGAUGCAGUCGAAAUUAGAACAACAGUUGGGGAGGAUUAUGAAUGUGUUAUACCUACGUUGCUGCUUAAAACAAAUGAAGACGGUCAAAAAGGCUCAGAUUUAAUGGAUGAAGAAACUAUUUUGCAGCCUUUAUUUACGGAACAACCAUGUAGUAUCAGAUCUGAAUCAUACUGGAGUUAUGAACUCUGUCAUAAUCAACAUAUAAGACAGUUUCAUGAAGAAAGAAAAACGAAAAAGAGUUAUCCAGUUCAAGAGUUCUAUUUGGGACAUUAUGAUCCAAGUCCGAAAACAGAGAAGGGUGCUCAUAAACAAGAUUAUGAUACACCAAAAACAGUUACUUUAGGCGAAAACUCCUACCCUUAUUAUGAAGUCAAUUAUAUUGAUGGGACCUUGUGUGAUUUGAUUCAGGAACAUCGUUCAACAACGGUUAUGUAUAUAUGUCAUGAAAGUAUUGGUGGUCAGAUUGUAGAUAUAUCUGAGAUUCGGACGUGUCAAUACCAAGUGGUCUUUGCUACAAAGCUUCUUUGCUCACAUCCUAUGUAUAAGCAAAAACGUGCACAUACAAAUGCAAUUUCAUGUCAUUCAAAAAAUGGUUCACCAAGUAAACCUAUGGCAUUAGUUGCACUUGAGGCUGAACGAAAAAAGCUUCAAUCUCAAACUUUCAGUAAUCUGGCAGCUCUGCUCAGUGAUAAAUUCAAGUCAAAAAUAAAAGUUACGGCAAAACGUGACAAAGACGUGAUCCUGUAUCAGGUACAAUCUGCUGAAGAUGAAAAUCUUAAAAAAGAUUUAAAAACCGAUGAUACUCGUAGCAAAGAUAUCACUAGCGGCAGUAGUAAAGAAGAUAGUCGGCGUGAUAAUAAUCAAGCGAAAGAAUUUCUACACGGUAAAUUAUGCCUUUCUGGUAAACUAGGCUGGUGGACACAUGAAAUAUGCUUUAAUAAACAUGUACGACAAUAUCAUGAGGAAGAAAAUAAAUUGAAUAAUCGAGAAAUUCGUCUUGGUAAUUGGGAUUUAAAUGCACAUAUAAAAUGGAUGAAAGGGCAAUCGUCAACUGAGAAACAAACCUCAAGUAUUCCCUCAGAUAGACAAAUUUCAUUGUAUUAUGGUAAUGGGGAUUUAUGUAAAGAAACUGGAAAAUUACGAGAAACUAUUGUAAAAUUGAAGUGUUUACCUUCGACGAACAGUAAAAUAAGUUUGGCGUUUUCUGAGCCUAAAACAUGUGUAUAUUCUAUCCUAGUUGAAAGUUCAAUGUUUUGUGAUAUAAUACCGUUAGCUGAUGAAAAUGGUAUAAUACCUUUAGAGAAAGUUUAA